AGUUCUAGUUGUACAUUCCAGGGCCAAGCCUUGUCUACCUGUCUCGGCGCCCAGAAUAUCAUUGUACUUUAAUUUUGGAAUCCAAAAUGGUGGAAACUGCAAACAGGUUCAGCUACCGCUAAAUUGCUGAUCUGUUGUCGAAUGGCUAUGUCUGUCAACAGAUUACACUGUAUCAGCAACUCCACUUUCAUUACCCAUCUUCGCGAUUUUCGCGUACUUUCUGGCGCUACCCGUUACCGUUAUUCAACCCCUUCGGUCAGUCAAAUUGCUCUCUUGCUGUGCAUGAUUCUAAGAUUAGCGGAUGGUGGUGGAAUAAAUCAUCGAGAAUUUUCAGAAUGGCGUAAUGGAGGUGGAAUUUUCCAUAAAUCAGCUUGUAUCGACGAAACAGCGCUGAUCGAAGUCGGUGCAAUAGUUCAUUCCAAAGCUGUACUAGCUGCGAAUGUUCAUGUUGGAUCAGGGACUGUUAUAGGACAUGCUGUUACUGUCGGUCAGUCCACAAGUAUAGGGUAUAAUGUUUCACUUAGCAAUUGCAUUAUAGGUGAUUUAUGUGUAAUCCACAAUGGAGUUUGCAUUGGUCAAGAUGGAUUUGGAUUUUUUGUCGAUGAGCAGGGAAGCAUGGUGAAGAAGCCUCAACUGCUGAAUGCUAAAAUAGGAAAUCAUGUAGAGAUUGGGGCAAAUACAUGCAUUGAUAGAGGCAGUUGGAGAGAUACAGUUAUUGGUGAUUAUACAAAGAUAGACAAUUUAGUCCAAAUUGGUCAUAAUUGUGUCAUUGGAAAGAGUUGCCUACUCUGUGGACAAGUUGGAAUAGCAGGUUCAGUGACGAUAGGAGAUUAUGUUACUUUCGGGGGAAGAGUAGCAGUUCGUGAUCAUGUAUCUAUCGCUUCAAAGGUCCGGCUGGCAGCUAAUAGUUGUGUCACCAAGGAUAUAAAAGAGCCAGGCGAUUAUGGUGGCUUUCCUGCUGUUCCAAUUUAUGAAUGGCGGAGACAAGUUGUUAACCAUUGCCGGAUUUCAAAGAAGGCGUCUCCAUAGGGUUGGUUAUAGGAUAAAGUGUUUUAACACAUUUGGCAUGUAAUCUGUGAUGACAAUAAAGAGUAAGUUUCUGCUAAAGUUGCUUGCAAUAUAAAUUUUCUCGUCCAUAAAUUGGCAUCAUCCGCAUAAGAAUCAUAAGACUGAGCUUAUUUUUUUGGAUUUGAUUCUGCUUUUCUAAA